CACUACUUCCUGCAUGUGCAGAAAAUAUGGCAGCGCCCGUAGCGAUUCACCUGGAGUUUGGUGGUGGAGCGGAGCUGCUUUUUAAUGGUGUGAAGGAACAUCAUGUGACUCUUCCAAGCCAAUCCGAACCUUGGGACGUGAAGCAGCUGCUGGUCUGGAUCCAACGGAACCUCCUGAAGGAACGGCCCGAGCUCUUUGUACAGGGAGACUCUGUGAGACCUGGGAUACUGGUGCUUAUCAACGAUGCAGACUGGGAGCUAAUGGGGGAGCUGGACUACCAACUACAAGACCAAGACAACGUUGUGUUUAUUUCUACUCUUCAUGGAGGAUAGCAAAUGAACGAGGAAUACACAGUACAACAUAUCCUUCUCUGUAACAGCCUUUUCUCCACAUCCUCUGCAAUCUUCAGUCUCCCCCCUCCACAUCUCAACAACACACCACCCCAUUGGUCGCUGUGGAUGUGUCAGCCUGCACCGAGAGGUCUGACCGGAAUUGACGUUUGGUCAACAGGAAUAAGUGGAAAUUCAGAGAUGAUUACCAAGAAAAAUGUGGAAACUGUGAGACGGUUAUUCUGCUUUUUAAGAUCAAACUGGACAGGUAUUGAGGGCAGUAUAUGAAGCUCUGGUCCUACUGGCCAACUCACAGGGCUGAGUGCAAAUACCUGCCGUUGGUGUUUAAACUUCCAUCGCCCUGCAUCCUCAAUUCCAGCCAGACCAUGAAAGAUAAAAUGACCUUAUCUAAGAGUCUACAAUGUCCUUCAUGAAUCUAAAAUAAAAGGUUACACUUUGCUUAAGCAAUUAGCAUUUCUAAGCAGUAUCAAAACAUUUAACAAGGAUAUUUUAGGUGUUUUUUCCAUUUGUCAACAUUGAUAACUUCUCCUAUGAAGACUUUUUCAUCCGUUUUACAAUAUUAACAUUUAUUUAUACCCUAAAAGCAAGUUACGGAUGCUUAACGUGGGGUUACAGUUGUUGACGAAUAAUUAUUGAACAAAAAAUGUUUUUACAAUUGUUUACAACUAAAUUAUAGAGUGUGAUACAAUGAUUAUAUAGUGCUUAGAAAUGCUAAUUAUCUGUGGUAAAAUAGAGAUUUACCUAAGUGUUAUUGAUUUGUUUUUUUGGGACCGAUGUGAUUUAAUUUUUGUUUCUUGUAUUUUUUCUCACAAA